UACCUCUUAUAAACGGGUGGAAAUACUGAGCGUGUAGGGAAAAUCAUGGAGGAGAAGAAGAGCGAAAUCAAUGGGCACGGCGGGCACAAAAGCCCGUUGCCAGCGGUCUCAAUUAAAUCAGAAAAGAAAAGCUUUAAAGACAGGUUGAUAGGCUUCCUCAAAAGAAAUCUCUUAGUGAUCUUGACGGUGUCCGGGGUUCUGGUGGGCGUAGGACUCGGGAUGAUGGUCCGGAACAUGAACCUAACCCGAGCGCAGAUGACUUAUUUCGCCUUCCCCGGGGAGAUGCUGCUGAGGAUGCUCAAGAUGAUUAUCCUUCCUUUAGUGGUUUGCAGUUUGAUUUCUGGCGCUGCGAGUCUGGACACGCGCUCGCUGGGAAAGCUCGGAGGGAUCGCCGUGUCUUACUUUCUGGUGACCACUCUGAUCGCUUCAUCCAUCGGGGUCGCGCUCGCCUUCAUCAUCAAACCCGGCGUGGGAGCCGGAGCGCUGAACACCAACAACUUGGGGCUGGAAGGCUUGAGCUCCAACAAAGAGACAGCGGAUUCGUUUUUAGACCUGGCAAGAAACCUGUUUCCAUCCAACCUGGUGGCUGCAGCUUUCCGCUCAUAUAUCACUGAUUACAAGAUGGUUCUUGUUGGAAAUGGAACAAAUGGAACCCUCAUCUACCAGAAGGUUCCCUAUGGAACAGAUGCAGAUGGAAUGAAUAUUCUGGGCCUUGUUCUCUUUGCUAUGGUUUUUGGAGUUGCUUUGAGAAAGCUUGGGACAGAAGGAGAAGAGCUCAUUCGCUUUUUCAAUGCCUUCAAUGAAGCCACUAUGGUAUUGGUGUCGUGGAUCAUGUGGUAUGUGCCAUUUGGCAUCAUGUUCUUGGUUGGCAGUAAGAUUGUGGAAAUGGAAGAUGUGGUUCUUUUGGUCACUAGUUUGGGGAAGUACAUUUUUGCCUCUAUCCUGGGCCACGUCAUCCAUGGUGGCAUUGUCUUGCCUCUUAUCUACUUUGGGUUCACUCGUGAAAACCCCUUCAGUUUCCUGUCAGGCCUCAUCACACCUUUCACCACAGCCUUUGCUACCUGCUCCAGCUCAGCGACCCUGCCCACCAUGAUGAAAUGUGUAGAGGAGAACAACGGUGUUGACAAACGAAUCAGUCGGUUUAUUUUACCGAUUGGAGCCACUGUCAACAUGGACGGAGCAGCCAUUUUCCAGUGCGUUGCUGCUGUGUUUAUUGCCCAGCUCAACAACGUUGAACUCAACGCUGGCCAGAUCUUCACAAUCCUGGUGACAGCCACCGCUUCCAGCGUGGGAGCAGCAGGUAUUCCAGCGGGUGGGAUCAUCACCAUCGCUAUCAUUCUGGAGGCCAUUGGUCUGCCCACCCAUGACCUGUCACUCAUGCUGGCUGUGGACUGGAUUGUCGACCGCACCACCACAGUUGUGAACGUGGAGGGGGAUGCCCUCGGUGCUGGAAUACUUCACCACAUCAAUGAGCGAGAGAUGAAGAAACAACAGCAGCAGCCUCAAGAGGAGCAGGAACUGCAAGAGGUGAAGGUGGAGGUAGUGCCUAAUGUCAAGGCAGAAGAAGAGACCUCCCCUCUCGUCACACACCAGAACCAAGGAGAAAGCUCCUCACAUGAAACACUCAAUGAAAAGGACGGUCUGGAGUCUGUACUGUAAAGUGUUGACUGUGGUCUAACAUCUCUUUCUUCACUCUUUUCUCUCUUUAAAAACCACUACAUGAUGAGUGUGAAGUUUACGUCAAACGUAAAGUCUACUCAUUCCUGUGAAAGGAACACUAAUGGUCAGUUUGCUGUUUUACAUAUAGUUUGGACUGGUUUUUGUUAUGAUAAUCUUAUCCAACUGUGCCAAAAGGAUUUCUUAUAAUAAGAUUUUGUGUUUGAGAACAUGUCCCAGAUUAUGUGCUAAAUCAAAAAGGGAACAUUUCCAGUCUGUGAGCAGAGAUGGGUAGUAAUGGAAAUCAUUCACAGACCUCUUGCUCUGUUUGUUUUCUAUAUUUUGACAGACUGUGUGAAAUAUUAACUAUUUCAAAGAUACA